GUGCCCCAAAGGGAGCAGAGCACUUUGAAUGGCAAUUCCUCAGAUGCCAGGGCUGGGAGGGUCCCUGCUGGAGGGGCAGGACCCCUGGCCUGGAAAAGAAGGGGUGUUUUCCACCAGGUGGUUGGGCCAGGUCCAAAGGAGUAAACCAGGCACAAGGCUGGCAUCAGAAACUUGCCUGGGCGGAGGUGGGGGGGUCCCCCAGUUCCUGGCUGGCUUGCCAACUUCCGCCUGGGCUGGCGGAGGGGUCAGGCAGCUGGCCAGACCCCGAGCUGACCUGGGCACCCUGUCGGGACAAGAGGGGCCCCUUAGGGGCCUCGAGUGGGAAGGCCAAGGGCACUACCAGGCCAUCUGCCCCUUGCAGCACAGCUCUACCACCAGUGCUGCAUAUGGUGGGCUUAUUCCCCGCCCCCCACGCCCCGUGCCCUUCUGCCGGGUGCUAGUUGGGUCAGCACAGUGUCCCAGGGUAGGAGGGUGUCCUGAGCAGGGAGGGCAGGUGGUUGCUGGGUUAAAUUUAGUGUCAGGGGUGGUGCAGCUGCCCCAAGGUCCACCUGCUGCCUGGCUGCCCUGUGGGCCCUGCUGCCAGGGGGCCGGAGGGGCAAGCUGGGAGGCUGCAGGGGUGGUGGAGCCGAGGACUGUGAGGUGAGAGGCAUGGGAUGGGGGACAGCUGCCUGGGGCCCCUGGGGGCCUCUCCAGGUUGCAGGCCCAGCAGCUGAGCAGAGCCCCCCUGGGGGCUGGGGCGGCCCCACCCCCACCCGGGGAUCCCAGCAGGGCUGUGGGGCGGGGCUCCCAGGGCCUAUCAGCUCACGCCCUGCUCCCCCCACCAAUCAGGAGCCUCGGGAGGGAGCUCAGGUUACCCAGGCCUGGGGUGGUCUCAAGGGCAGACCUGGGCAGGGCAUGUGGGGCAAGGGCAGGACUGCUGCCCAGACCAGCUGAGGGUCCCUAGGCCCAGGGCAGCCCUCUCCAGCCCCCUCCCCAACACCCUAGCCCCCAAAGGCCUUGCAGCUGCCAGUCCCUGGAGGGGCCCGAUGGAACCCAAUGUCUGCGCUCCUUGCUCUCCUCCCUGAGCCGCUCCCGGGAUUCCUGAGCGUGGCUCAGUUACCUGGGAGACAGGUCUGUGUGCCUAAGCAAAGACUAGGGUGCUGAGAGGGCUAGGCUUUGGCCGGGCCUGCUGGGGUAACUCUCUAGAGGCCCUGAUUCCAUCUCCUCACUAUUCACCCCUCUCAUCCCUGUUCACCUCAGGCAAGCUCCACCAACCCCCAGAGGGUCAACCCCAGGUUCCCACCUCCUCUCCCUCUCCCCACCACCCCCGGACCCUGAGAGCUCUCUGAACCCUCUGUGUGUCCCUGUCCCCCAUCAUGGGUCUCCUGCUCCCCUGUCACGAAGACGCUAGGCAGCACUGGGCUGUGCCCCAAGUCCCGCCUGCUUCCUCACCCGCUCUCUCUGGCUCCCUGGGGCAAAACUGCACCCAGGCAGGCGGGGCGGGGCCAGGCCAGGCCCCAGCGCCUUUUUCAGUCCUUUCUGUCCCUUUCUGUGGAGGCAGCAGGCUGCAGCAGAAGAGGGUGCACCUCUUACCUUGAUCCCCCCCCAGCUGGGCUCCCCCUUCCCAGACCUGACCCACGGAGCCCGGACACCACUGUCUGUGGGGCCAAGGCUGCCUCCUGCCUGCUUGGAGCAGGGCCAUGGCCUUGAGGGCAGGUGAGCAGGGCCAAGCCCCAAUGAACAGCCUGAAGGGGAAGGUACUGACGCUGGACACCAUGAACCCUUGUGUGCGGAGAGUGGAAUAUGCCGUGCGCGGCCCCAUUGUGCAGCGCGCCCUGGAGCUGGAGCAGGAGCUGCGCCAGGGCGUGAAGAAGCCCUUCACGGAGGUCAUCCGUGCCAACAUCGGAGACGCACAGGCCAUGGGGCAGAAACCCCUCACCUUCCUGCGCCAGGUCCUGGCCCUCUGCGUCCACCCUGAUCUCCUGAGCAGCCCCGACUUCCCCGAGGACGCCAAGAGAAGGGCAGAGCGUAUCUUGCAGGCAUGUGGGGGCCACAGCCUGGGGGCCUACAGCAUCAGCUCUGGCAUCCAGAUAAUCCGCCAGGACGUGGCGCGGUACAUCGAGCUACGCGACGGAGGCAUCCCCUCGGACCCCAACAACGUCUUCCUCUCCACGGGGGCCAGCGACGCCAUCGUGACGGUGCUGAAGUUGCUGGUUGCCGGAGAGGGCCGCGCGCGCACGGGCGUACUUAUCCCCAUUCCGCAGUACCCGCUUUACUCGGCCGCGCUGGCCGAGCUCGACGCGGUGCAGGUGGACUACUACCUGGACGAGGAGCGCGCCUGGGCGCUGGACGUGGCCGAGCUGCGGCGCGUGCUGCGCCAGGCGCGUGACCGGUGCUGUCCGCGCGCGCUCUGCGUCAUCAACCCGGGGAACCCCACCGGACAGGUACAGACCCGCGAGUGCAUCGAGGCGGUGAUCCGCUUCGCCUUCGAGGAGCGCCUCUUCCUGCUGGCUGACGAGGUUUACCAGGACAACGUGUACGCCGAGGGCUCGCAGUUCCACUCGUUCAAGAAGGUGCUCACCGAGAUGGGGCCGCCGUACGCUGCGCAGCAGGAGCUCGCCUCCUUCCACUCCAUCUCCAAGGGCUUCAUGGGCGAGUGCGGGUUCCGCAGCGGCUACGUGGAGGUAGUGAACAUGGACGCCGCGGUGCAGCAGCAGAUGCUGAAGCUAAUGAGCGUGCGGCUGUGCCCCCCGGUGCCGGGCCAAGCCCUGCUCGACCUGGUGGUUAGCCCGCCCGGGCCCUCCGACCCCUCCUUCGCGCAGUUCCAGGCGGAGAGGCAGGCGGUGCUGGCCGAGCUGGCGGCCAAGGCCAAGCUCACGGAGCAGGUCUUCAACGAGGCUCCGGGCAUCCGCUGCAACCCGGUGCAGGGCGCCAUGUACUCCUUCCCCCGUGUGCAUCUGCCCCCGCGCGCUGUGCAGCGCGCGCAGGAGCUGGGCCUGGCCCCCGACAUGUUCUUCUGCAUGCGCCUGCUGGAGGAGACCGGCAUCUGCGUGGUGCCCGGGAGCGGAUUCGGGCAGCUGGAGGGCACCUACCACUUCCGGAUGACCAUUCUGCCCCCCAUGGAGAAGCUGCGGCCCCUGCUGGAGAAGCUGAGCCAGUUCCACGCCAAGUUCACCCGCGAGUACUCCUGAGGCUGGGCCGGCAGUGUCGCCCCUGAACUCGCCGGGCCCAGGGCCCUGGGGGCUGGGCCCCUGCCUCUCUGCAGGCCCCCAAUAAAAAGCUGCGAGACAGCUGACUCCUC